CUGGCGGCCCUACGAGUGGAAGCCGAGGACAAGGAGCUCGGGCCCAUGGCCUGGGUCCUGAAGAUGGACGAUGCCACCAUCGAGUCGGGGCUGGUGCACGACUUCGAUGCUAGCCUGUCCGGCAUCGGGCAGGAGCUGGGGGCUGGAGCCUACAGCAUGAGCGAUGUGCUGGCUCUGCCCAUCUUUAAGCAGGAGGACUCCAGCCUCCCCCCCGAAACCGAGACCAAAAACCCCCCAUUCCAGUAUGUGCUGUGCGCUGCCACCUCGCCUGCCGUAAAGCUGCAUGAGGAGACGCUCACAUACCUAAACCAAGGCCAGUCUUACGAGGUGCGUCUGUUGGACAACAGGAGAGCAGGGGAGCUGGCAGAGCUCACUAACAAGAUGGUGAAGGUGAGAGGGCACAUCCCGAUGUCGGUGGGGAUCGUGGAGCCGAAGACGCACGCGUCCCAGCUGAACGCCGCAGAGUUCCUGUGGGACCUGAACAAGAGGGCGUCCGCGUUCGUGCAGUUCACCCCCAGGAAGCACGGCGGGGAGAAGGGCGUCCCCUUCCGGAUCCAGAUCGACACCUUCGCCCCGGGGGACGGGGGGGACUACGCCGAGCACCUGCACUCCGCCUCCUGCCAAAUCAAACCAAAGGGGGCGGACCGUAAACAAAAGACUGACAGGGAGAAGAUGGAGAAGCGCACCGCUCAAGAGAAGGAGAAGUACCAGCCCUCCUAUGAUACCACUGUUCUGUCCGAGGUCAGUACGCAGCCUCUGUGCUCGCUCAGGCCUCAGCUCUAG